CCCCUUCCGUACAGGACGGAAGUGACGUCAUGCACGGGCCGGCAGGUCUCUCAGCCUUCUUACCUCUCCUAGACUCUUCCUUCCCGGUCCAUUCCCUCCCUUCUCCUUUUCCUCCUCCUGUUCCAGCCUUAGCGGCCACGGCGUGGGCAGAGGCAAUGGAGUAAGAGGACGGUGGCAGCGAGGCGCGGAGGCUGAGCAGGCGCAGCCAGGAGGCGUUUAGGGGGCGGAGGAGCGAGCCCCAGGGCCGCCCCUCCCGGGAGCCGCGCGGAGAGGUAACUGAGUACCCAGAGCUGCAGCCAUGGAGUCGAUGCUUAAUAAAUUGAAGAGUACUGUUACGAAAGUAACAGCUGAUGUCACCAGCGCUGUCAUGGGCAAUCCUGUCACUCGGGAAUUCGAUGUUGGUCGACACAUCGCCAGCGGUGGCAAUGGGCUAGCUUGGAAAAUUUUUAAUGGCACAAAGAAGUCAACAAAACAAGAAGUGGCUGUUUUUGUCUUUGAUAAAAAGCUGGUUGACAAAUAUCAAAAAUUUGAAAAGGAUCAAAUCAUCGAUUCUCUAAAACGAGGAGUCCAGCAGUUAACUCGGCUACGACACCCUCGACUUCUUACUGUACAACAUCCGUUAGAAGAAUCAAGGGAUUGCUUGGCAUUUUGUACAGAACCGGUUUUUGCGAGUUUAGCCAACGUUCUUGGUAACUGGGAAAAUCUACCUUCCUCUAUCUCUCCAGACAUUAAGGAUUAUAGGCUUUAUGAUGUGGAAACUAAAUAUGGUUUGCUUCAGGUUUCGGAAGGAUUGUCAUUUUUGCACAGCAGUGUGAAAAUGGUUCAUGGAAAUAUUACUCCAGAAAAUAUAAUCUUGAAUAAAAGCGGAGCCUGGAAAAUAAUGGGCUUUGAUUUUUGUGUGUCAUCGACCAACCCUUCCGAGCAGGAGCCUAAGUUUCCUUGUAAAGAAUGGGACCCCAAUUUACCAUCAUUGUGUCUUCCAAAUCCUGAGUAUUUGGCUCCUGAAUACAUACUUUCUGUCAGCUGUGAAACAGCCAGUGAUAUGUAUUCUUUAGGAACUGUUGUGUAUGCUGUAUUUAAUAAAGGGAAGCCUGUAUUUGAAGUCAACAAGCAGGAUAUAUAUAAGAGUUUCAGCAGGCAGUUGGAUCAGUUGAGUCGUUUAGGAUCUAGUUCACUUACAAGUAUACCUGAGGAAGUCCGUGAACAUGUGAAACUGCUGUUAAAUGUAACUCCAACUGUAAGACCAGAUGCAGAUCAAAUGACAAAGAUUCCUUUCUUUGAUGAUGUUGGUGCAGUCACACUUCAAUAUUUUGAUAGCUUAUUCCAAAGAGAUAAUCUUCAGAAAUCACAGUUUUUCAAAGGAUUGCCAAAAGUUUUACCAAAACUGCCCAAGCGGGUCAUCGUGCAGAGAAUUUUGCCUUGUUUGACUUCAGAAUUUGUAAACCCUGACAUGGUACCUUUUGUUUUGCCCAAUGUGUUACUGAUUGCUGAGGAAUGCACCAAAGAAGAAUAUGUCAAAUUAAUUCUGCCUGAGCUUGGCCCUGUGUUUAAGCAGCAGGAGCCAGUCCAGAUUUUGUUAAUUUUCCUACAAAAAAUGGAUUUACUGCUAACCAAAACCCCUCCUGAUGAGAUAAAGAACAGUGUCCUGCCCAUGGUUUACAGAGCACUAGAAGCGCCUUCCAUUCAGAUCCAGGAGCUCUGUCUGAAUAUCAUUCCAACCUUUGCAAAUCUUAUAGACUACCCAUCCAUGAAAAAUGCUUUGAUACCAAGAAUUAAAAAUGCCUGUCUGCAAACAUCUUCCCUUGCUGUUCGUGUGAAUUCCUUAGUGUGCUUAGGGAAGAUACUGGAAUACUUGGAUAAGUGGUUUGUGCUUGAUGAUCUCCUGCCCUUCUUACAACAGAUUCCAUCCAAGGAACCUGCAGUCCUCAUGGGGAUUUUAGGUAUUUACAAAUGCACUUUUACUCAUAAGAAGUUAGGAAUUACCAAAGAGCAGCUGGCUGGAAAAGUAUUGCCUCAUCUCAUUCCCCUAAGUAUUGAAAACAACCUUAAUCUUAAUCAGUUCAGCUCUUUCAUUUCCGUCAUAAAAGAGAUGCUUAGCAGAUUGGAGUCCGAGCAUAAGACUAAACUGGAGCAGCUUCACAUCAUGCAAGAACAGCAGAAAUCUUUGGAUAUAGGAAAUCAAAUGAAUGCCUCUGAGGAGACAAAAAUUACAAAUGCUGGGAAUCAGAUUGAUAAAGUUUUUAACAACAUUGGAACAGACCUUUUGACUGGUGGUGAAUCAGAAAAUAAAGAAGAUGGGUUACAGAAUAAACAUAAAAAAGCGUCACUUACACUGGAAGAAAAACAAAAAUUAGCGAAAGAACAGGAGCAGGCCCAGAAGCUGAGAAGCCAGCAGCCGCUCAGUCCCCAGGUGCACACACCCAUCGCUCCAGCGAAGCAGGCUAAGGACUUGACAGACACAUUGAUGGAUAAUAUGUCAUCUUUGACCAGCCUUUCUGUUAGCACCCCUAAACCUUCUGCAUCAAGUACCUUCACUUCCGUUCCUUCCUCGGGUCUGGGCAUGAUGUUUUCUACACCAAUUGAUAAUACGAAGAGAAGUUUGACGAACGGCCUGAAUGGCAAUAUGGGCUUUCAGACUUCGGCAUUCAGCGUGCCGGUGAACACAAACCAGAACUUCUUCAGCAGUACAGGCACGCCUGGAGUAAGCAGUCUGACUCUGGGAGCGCCUUCAACCCUGCCAAACUUCAGUGCUCUGAGCGUUCCUCCUGCUGGUGCGAAGCAGACCCAGCAGAGACCCACAGAUAUGUCUGCACUUAAUAAUCUCUUUGGUCCUCAGAAACCCAAAGUUAGCAUGAACCAGCUGUCACAGCAGAAACCAAACCAGUGGCUUAAUCAGUUUGUGCCUCCUCAGGGUUCUCCAGGUGUGGGUGCUUCAGUGCUGGGACCACAGGUGAACAUGAUAGGACAGUCUGCCUUCGGCAUGCAGGGUAACCCUUUUUUUAACCCACAGAACUUUGUACAGCCGCCCACUACUAUGACCAGUAGCAGUUCAGCUAGCAAUGAUUUGAAAGAUCUUUUUGGGUGAGGUAUCUUGCUCCUGUGUUUGAGGGAUCACUUCCGUUUUCAUCAUGGGUAAGCUAACUUACAUCUUUGUUUACUUGGCUUGAAGCAACUAUUACUGCAACAUGGAUGGUGUGGUGACGGAAAGCGUCUGUUGCUAUGCCAGCCAGCGUAGUAGUUGUAUGGACUCCUAACCAGUUGAGAUUUUUUAAAAUCUGAGGAUUGUUUUCCUCUUACAGACUCCUCUUCAGGUUUUUAAAAACCCACUCCUUACCAACGUCAGAGAGAAAAAAGGACAACUGGAUUAUCUUGAACAGCAGAAUUUUUAAAUCAGCUGUUUAUUUUGCCUUGUAAAUCUUGCUGUUAUUUAAAAAAAUUGAGUUGAUGCUAACUGCAAACUCACCUGUUGUGUACACUGCUCGGUGCACAGUCUGUCUUUGCAGGUCGCUGGUCUUCAUUUUAAUACAUGAAAAAUCUCAAUGCUAUAUUGAUUUGUUUGCAUUUAGUGUGCUGAGAAAAUGAGCAUAGGAAGAAUGAUCAGGCUUUUUGCUUCUUUCAAUCUUAAUUUACUUUUCAAAUGGACUAAUGUUUAGUAUAAAAGACUGAGCAAAUGCUACAAAAUUUAAUUCACCUUAAUGUUAUUGGUUUAAAAAGCAUUAUUAACCACCUUAAAUGCAAACUAAUCAUUGUACGUUAUAUUUCAGCAUGAUCUGCCUCAAAUAACUAUGUAUUUUUCUGCACUUACUUGGAUAUAUUUAGGAUCUGUUUUUUCCUACCGUAUUACAGAAGAGAGAUGUACUGCUAUGUACAGAUUUUUGGCAAAACAAUCUGAUGUGAUUUCCCUGACUACUGCCUUCAUAUUUCAUUUUGAAUUUAAACUUAGGAGGUUGCAGCACAUCUGAAUUACAUUUUCAAAAGGAAGUUUGUAAGAGUUAAAUUAUAUUUAAGGAGUAAACUUUGAGAUUUUUGCUGUAUUGUUUCAAAUGUAAUUAAACUUCUGUACAAAUGAACAGUUAUAUCUUCUGUACCAACAGAUUAAUUUUCAGCUUGCCAUGAAAGUCUGACCUCAUCAAAUACUGCAACUGAAAUCUUUUCUAGCAAUCUCAGUAACCUUUUAUUUGCAUAUUUUAAUGUCCAUCCAUAAUCGGCUGUUUGAGGAAGGAAGGAAUAAGUUCUUCUAACGGACAACCUGUUUUAUUCUUCAAGACUUUUCUCUGAUGUUUUUAAUUUGCUGAUUAUUCAACCACAGAGCCUUAUGCUGUGUCAUUUGUAGUUUUAAAAAUUAUCUUCCACUGUUACGUGAUAACUACCUUUUAAAGAACUGUAUAUGUACUAUAGUUGCUGCCAUACAGUGUGUGGUUUUUAAUUAUCUGGAACCAGCAAGCAUUUAAAAUAAACCAUAUGAAGUUUAGUGUGCUGGUACAAAGUUUAUUCAUUGAAUAUGAAUAUUCAUUGGAACAUAUAUGUACAUAUCUACAUGUACACACUCAACAUAUACUUAAUAGAUGGUAUUUGAUUACAAAAUAUAAUUUGAUGACAUCGCUGAUAAUAUUCAGUUAAGGAAGGGGGCACUUAAAAAUAAAAGUUAGUUUUCACAUCUUGUUUCUUUGUGAGCUGUACUUUGUGGCAUGAUUUUAGGACUGAUAAGAUUGCUGAAGAAAGUCGUCUAAGAAAUGAAAACCAGAAAGCUCAAACAUGUCUUUGUCAAAUACAUAUGUAACUUGACUAGAUUAGCUAUAUUGUUUUUAAUGCAAAAUUUCUGUUGGGAAAAGCUUACAAAUGGCAUAAAAUUACAUAUUGAAGAUUUUUUUGGUAACAAUUCAGUAGUCACUGUUUAUUGGGAACUAUUUUUUAUUUUAUAAAAUGACUUGAUGUCAGUGUUCACUUCCUAAGUAGAAGAAAAUCGUAUUGUAACAGUUUAUAUGACUUGAACUUCUAAAUAUCAAAAUAGGUUAUUUAAAAAAAUCCUGUAUAAUUCGUGGGUAAUUUUCACUUGUUAGUGUUUGCUCAUUCACUGAGGCAGUGGUGGUGCUGCAUUUUUAUAAAGUUGUUCUUACACGUUUUUUCUACUUUCUCAAAGGUAUUUUAUUGAAAUCAUUCCCAUCAAAUGAACCUUUGCCUUUUUCUGUUGUAAGAUUGCCUUUGAAAAACUGUGCUGUUUUUAGGCAAAUGUGUUUCCUGUGUGAACAAAGUAUUCAGAGUACUAGAUCACCUUAAAAUUAUCUCAGAUAUUGAAAGGAUUUAAGCCUCUUGUGCGUAGAGUAGAAAAUUAGUAGGCUAGAGGGAGCACCUACAGACAGAAGUUACAGCAAAGAUUUCCUUUUAUUUGAACUGGUUUUCUUUCCUUCUCAUGCUAAAAAUAAAUGUGUGAUAUACGUAGAGAAUGCAUAAAGGAAAUGAAAAUAGCCUGAAUUUGGUUUUUGUUUUGUUUUUAUUUAGCCACACGUAUAACCUGUUCUUCUCCUUGAUUAAGGAGGUAGCUUAUUUUUUUUUUUAAACUGCAAAAUACCUCACAUGGUUGCUGAAAGGAGUAUGUGAAAAUGCCUCAUGGCAAGCAAAGUGUGCACCAAAUAAAUUCUAGCUUUUUAAACCUUUC